AGUGCUUUUAUGGCUACGUUUCAUUAAGUUAAUGUUCAUCUGUCUAGCCUAGCGAAAGUAAAAGUAAAACUGAAACUGAAAUGCAACGUUCUGCUGCAUUUCACUGGCAGCAGCGUCCAUCAGCAAUAACAGCUGCGAUCAUUGGUAGCAAGCAGUCAUGAUCUUUUUGUUUAAUUUCGUAAAUUUGAAGAUGCACCUGCUGAACUGUGUUUUGAUGUCAAUAUUACGGACGCUCGCUGAUGGGUUGAUCGUAAAAGGUCUUCCUGAUCCUCUGGUUGCUCCUCUGGGAUCUUCAGUGGUUUUGCCUUGUUAUGUUGAUAAACUCUUCGUAAUGGAGGGUCUGGAGGUGGAAUGGAGAAGAACAGAUUCAGAGACUCUGGUUCAUCUGUAUCAAGAUGGUAAGAGUCAUCCAGAGUCCCAGCAGGAGGAUUAUCAUGAUAGAGCUCAUUUCUUUACUGAUCAGAUUCAGCAUGGAAACUUCUCCCUCCGUCUGGACAAUCUGAGAGCUGAAGAUGAGGGACAAUACACAUGUAGAGUUUACAGUCAGCAGGAUUCUGGCAAGACUGUGGUUCAGAUAAAAGACAUUGAGCGUUUGCUAGUUUCAGGAUCGAGCCGCUCCAUAUCUGCGUCCGUGGGUGAGGAUGUCACUCUAAGCUGCUCUGUAGACUCUCACAUCACAUCUGAACACAUUGAUGAGGUUUCAUGGAAGAAAACAGAUGAAGAUGAAAAUAUUCUGGUUCUGCUUUACCAAAACAAUGAGACUUUACCAGAUUCAUCAGAUGAGCGAUACAGAGACAGAGUUGAGUUCUUCACUGCUGAAAUCCCCAAAGGAAACUUCUCUCUCAGACUGAAGAAUGUUAGAACUGGGGAUAAAGGAGUUUACAUGUGUCAAGUGUUUGCUGGAGGACUUUCAGCCAAUGCAACUGUAGUAUUGGAGCGACUGGGUUUCUCUAUUUUACACAUAAUGGUGUUGAUUCUCUGUAUUUCUGCAUCUGGAUCUGUACUUCUGCUCAGCUCAAUGAUCUACUGCAGAUCACCUAUUCAAGACAGAGUCUUUUGUCUUCAGAUGUUUUUAGUCUUCUGCCCAAAUUUUUUGAUGUUUCUGGCUUUUGUACUCUGGGGUGUUUCUGAAGGAUUUCUGAAUGAGUCAGUGUCUUGUUGUGCUCUUUAUUUUCUGAGGCCUCUCAUGUUGCUCUGGGCUGCUCCAUAUGUACAUGAGUUCACAGGCAACAUUAAAGAAUGGAUUUUGUACUGCAGUUGUAAAACAGAAUAUCAUGUUGUCUCUGCUUUUGUUUAUUCAGUUCUUUUCAAAUUUACUUGGGCCAAAAGUCUGAAUUAUGCAGAUUUUGACCAUGAUAUGGUAACAUUCCUGUUUGUUACAGUGGUUCUGUUUUACCUCAGCUAUGUUGCUUACUUGUUGGUGAGAUUCAUAAUGAAAUUAAGCAAAGAGAUAUAUAUAAUAUUCAGUGUUCUGGCUGAUAUAAGCUUUAAUCUUCUUCCUGCAUUACAAUUCAUCCUCCUGUUCAAUAUAUUUGGUACUACCAGAAUGUUCUUCAUUGUUGCAGUUUUACCAGUGUUUCUCAUAGUGACAAGAUAUGAUUGGAAUGUUACAUGUGGACAAAAAAUUAGCUGUCCAGCUUUGGUCAUGAGAUCAGUGUGGGUAAUUCUGAUGUUAUUGUUCAAUGCUUUAAUGGUUUGUUUCUACAUCAUAGCACUGGAAAAUGAAAAAGAUCGUAUUGGAUGGGCCUGUAUGACUGCGUUUCUUCAGUUACUCUGGGCAGUGGUAAACUUCACAUGGUCAUUUGAUUGUGGUACAGUAUUAAUCAUUAGUUCCGAUUGCAUCUUAUCACCUUGAUGAUUUUCUACUAUCAGCUCUAUUUUAUUUUAUUUUUUUAUUUUUUUUAUUUUUUCAGUUCAUUUUGUUUUUUGCUUCUAUCAUCUGAUUCAGUCAUUCAGCAUUUACUAUCCCAGCAAAACUUUAAUUUGUUUCUUUUGAAGUCAGUUGCCAGAUUCAUUAUAUUUUAUUAAAUCUUGCUCCACUUACGUUGAUAUUUCACUUAUGUUUCUUAAAUCAUGCACAAAUGGAUCUACUGUGGGAAACCUGUUAUCAGGGUGUAUU